UUCGUCUGAAAAUCCAAAUACGUCCUCAGCGAUUUACGUUGUUGUCUGAAAGAUUGGUUUCCUAUUCCUCCCACUCAGCUUUCAACAUCUUCUUCUCUGAAUCGGUCGUUUCUUAACAAUGGAUAGAUUGCAUACAAACAUUGACUAAGUGUAAUUGUGUGCAUAUUUGGUGAAACGAUGAGCUGGAGAAGAGUUUUCAAGUCUUUUCAAGUGGUGGUGGCGCAUGGGUUACUUUUCUCCUUCUCUGUUAUUCUCUCUCUCAAGCUCGAUCAUGCUGUUAACUACUCUUGGUGGUUGGUUUUCUCUCCUGUCUGGUUAUUUCAUGCAGUCGUGGCAAGAGGCAGAUUCUCGCUACCUGCCCCAUCUAUGCCUCACGGUCGCAAUUGGGCGCCUUUUCAUGCCGUUGCGGCGGCUCCGUUGCUUAUUGCUUUCGAACUUCUCAUCUGUGUACAUCUUGAGGAAAGAUAUGCUGUAAAUUUGAAGAUUGUGUUUCUGCCUCUGCUAGCUCUAGAGGUUGCAAUUUUGGUUGAUAACAUUAGGAUGUGUAGGGCCCUUAUGCCUGGAGAUGACGAUAAUAUAAGUGAUGAAGCUAUAUGGGAGACUCUCCCACACUUUUGGGUUUCCAUCUCAAUGGUCUUCUUCAUUGCUGCGACAACAUUUACGCUUCUGAAACUAUGUGGCGAUGUUGAUGCUCUUGGUUGGUGGGAUCUGUUCAUAAAUUACGGGGUUGCAGAGUGCUUUGCAUUCCUUAUUUGCACCAAGUGGUAUAAUCCUGCAAUUCAUAGACGUUCACAUCUUACAGCUGCAGCAUCAUCUUCGUCAAGUAUCAGGUCUUAUACCUGGAGUAAUGGUGUCUUGGUACCCCCCGACGAAGAAAAUCAAGAAAAUACAAUGUGCAACAUGCAAGACAUUGGUGGACAUAUCAUGAAAAUUCCCUUGAUUGGUUUCCAAGUUAUACUCUUCAUGUACUUGGAGGGAACUCCUCCUGGUGUUAGAAAUAUCCCGAUUCUGCUUUUGUUUUCUCCUCUUCUUUUGCUGCAAGGAGCUGGAUUUUUCUUCGCCAUGUAUAGAUUCUUUGAGAAAAUCUCCCCCUUUCUUAAUGAUGAAGCUACAACGGGAAGCAGCUUUAGAUUACCAGCUAGUGCUUAUGACUAUAUGGGGUUUCUGCAUCGUGGAUCAAGAUUACUGGGAUGGUGGUCGAUUGAUGAAGGAAGCCGUGAAGAGCAAGCUCGGUUGUAUUCUUCAUGGGAUUCAGGGUACAAUACGUUCUCACCUGAUACUGUCAAGAAAAUGCCCAAGUCUGAGCUUGCUAAGGAGAUAUGGAGGCUUCAGUCAGCACUCGUUUCACAAACAGAAAUCACAAAUAUUAGCCAGGAGGAGUUUGAAAGACUUUUAAAUGAAAAAAUCCUGUGUCGAGUUUGCUUUGAUGAUCAAAUAAACGUAGUCCUGCUACCUUGCAGGCAUUACGUUCUUUGCAGCUCCUGCUGCGAGAAGUGCAAGAGAUGCCCUAUCUGCCGCGUGUACAUUGAAGAGCGGCUACAUGUAUAUGACGAUGUAUAGCUACUUACACCACAUGAAAGCCAGGUAAAGUCUAAUGUCAUGUGAAAUCACAUUUGUUCGAAGGUGACUGCAAUUUUAUCAAGUCAUUUCGCCAUCACAAAAAAACAAAACUGCACAAAUUGUUGAUUCUGUGUAUAGCUUUACAUAACUUAGAAUGAUUUGUUUGUGUUCAAAGUGAUGAUUUCUUUUUCUUGUAUUUAACAUCUUCGUUUCUGAGUUAUGAGCAUGAGAUGUAUUGUAUUUGUAAGAAGUUAAGCUUAGGAACAAGUUGAAUGAGAGGGAUCUUUUUGAAGCCGAA